AUGACGCAAGAUUCACAAAGAAAGAGAGAAUUCUGGACGCUGCUGCCUCCGCCCCGCCCCUUCCGGUCCCGGGCCCUCCGCGUCCCAGCAGCGGCAGCGGUGCCAUGGUUUCCUCUUCGGCAACAUGUUCGAGAGGAUGGCCGAGUUCGUUCAUCUGGAGUUACUAUUGUUAAACCAAUAGUUUAUGGUAAUGUUGCUCGCUAUUUUGAAAAGAAAAGAGAAGAGGACGGGCAUACCCACCAGUGGACGGUGUGUGUGAAACCAUAUAGAAAUGAGGAUAUGUCAGCUUAUGUGAAGAAAAUCCAAUUUAAAUUGCAUGAAAGUUACAGCAAUCCUUUAAGAGUUGUUACUAAACCACCUUAUGAAAUUAAUGAAACAGGAUGGGGUGAAUUUGAAAUAAUCAUCAAAAUAUUUUUUAUUGAUCCUAAUGAAAGACCUGUAACCCUGUAUCAUUUAUUGAAGCUAUUUCAAUCAGAUACCAAUGCAAUGCUAGGGAAAAAGACAAUGGUUUCAGAGUUCUAUGAUGAAAUGAUAUUUCAAGAUCCUACAGCAAUGAUGCAGCAGUUAUUAACAACAUCUCGUCAGCUAACAUUAGCCCCUAUAAGCAUGAAAGGCCCCUAUAAGCAUGAAACGGAAUUUGCAGAACUUGAAGUGAAAACCAGAGAAAAAUUAGAAGCUGCCAAAAAGACGAGCUUUGAAAUUGCACAACUUAAGGAGAGGUUCAAAGCAAGUCGGGAAACUAUAAAUUGUUUAAAAAAUGAAAUAAAAAAACUUGAAGAAGAUGAUCAGACAAAAGAGAUGUAAACAAUUCUGAAGAGAACUUCAUUAUCAACUGAA